AAGGUGUCCUCCGGGCCGCUCUCUCGUUUCUCAGGUGAUGUUCUCUGUAUGCUCUGUCUGCUUGUCCCAGCAGCCAUCGCGGAGAAUCUCUGGUCCUGUCGUUGAGGGGUAUAAAAGAUAUCAUUCAUGGCAUAUGUUGAGAAACAAUCACCAUGUUCGUCUUCGCUGGAGUCGUCGCGGCACUUAUCAUAUCCAGCAGCCGGGCCGCAGAAUGCACGGUCGAACGUAGCGAUAAUGGCAUGGAUGACUCGGCGUUUAUCUUGAAAGCAUUUGCGGACUGCGCAGAGGAUUCGGUGAUAACCUUCACCGAAGCUAAUUACAGCGCGUAUACCCCAAUGUCUUUUACGGACUUGAGAAACGUUACGGUGCACCUGAACGGAAACCUCAAUCUCCCCAAUAAUAUCUCCCAAGUCCAACAAGCCAUCAACACCACGAAUAACCCACCGAGUACUUAUGCGACGCCAUGGUUCUAUUUCAGUGGGUCAGAUGUACAACUUAUCGGAUCCGAGAGCGACGAAUGGGGAAGAUUCAAUGGUUUUGGACAACAGUGGUGGGAUAUCGGAAACCGUACACUCCGACCUCAGCUAGCGACGUUCAAUGUUACCAAUGGGCUUUUACGCGGUCUCAAGGUCAUCAAGCCCGUAGCUUGGGGUUGGAAUCUCCCUGGUCAAAAUAUACGUGUUGAGAAUCACUUUGUGGAUGCCAAGCCAGAUAACGGUACUAGAGACGAUACCACUAGCUUUCCUUUCAACACAGACGGUAUUAAUGUUUCAGGUCAGAAUAUAACCAUUGAUGGCUAUUACGGACAUAAUGGCGACGAUUGUGUCUCGGUCGUUAAUGGCGCGAGAGAUGUCCUUGCACAAAAUGGAUUCUGCGGAUUUUCGUCCCACGGAUUAUCUAUUGGCUCACUAGGCAAAAAUGGCGCCGUACAGACUGUAGAAAACGUCGUAUUCAGGAAUUGGACAAUGGAGGGGGCGGUGUACGGUGCUCGCUUCAAAAGUUGGACUGGUGGCCGAGGAUACGCAACGAACGUGACAUGGGAAGACAUUGCCCUCCAAGGUGUUUCAACGGGUAUCUUGAUCACACAGAACUAUUACGACCAAGAUAAGGGCGCGCGGCCGGAGAAUACCAACCAAACGAGUACGCAGAUCUCAAACUUCACUUACAAAAAUUUUACGGGCACGUUGGCUAAAAAUUGGACUGAUGGCACCUGCAUAAGUGAUCCAUGCUGGAAUUACGUCGAAGGUGGCGACGCAACACAAGCUAUCAUAUUCGAUCUCUUCCCGGAUACAGCACUGAACCUCAGCUUCUCGGGGAUUAAUGUCACCCCGAACGACACAUCAAAGGAAACUACCGUCAUAUGCGACCCCGCCACGCUGGCCGAGGGAGAGCAGGAUACGCUUGGAUUUAAUUGUACGGACGGGCCUCUGGUCACGACGACGAUUGAACCUGCGGACGAUUCGACAAUGGGAGCCGGCGGUGUCAGCAUGACUGGGGUGCUGCUGGUCGGAGUUGUGCUCCUUCUUGGCGUUUGAAAAUUGCAAAAAGCGACGUUCUGGGC